UGUCACUGACUCAGUGCUGAUACAACCACGUCCAAAGUCUGUCGUCACGUGGUACAUGCAAGUGGCCAACGAAACACAAAAACGAACGAACUAUACGAAAUUUAUUAUUGUAAAUUUAUUGAUAAAAUCGAUUAAAUCUCGAUUUCAGUGUGUAGAUCAACUUCGUACUUUGUGAAGUGUGUGUGAGUGAACUUUACGGAGUCCCGUUGGCCGGUCAUAAUGCUAUAGAUUUCGAAGAGUGGAAAAUGAAGAUUCCAAAAUCCUUCAACCAGCUGUUGGGAUGACAAAGUGAGAAAAAAUGUCGCAAACACUGGGUAUGGGUGGGGAGAGGCGGUAUUCGGUGCCUUCCAACCCAAUGCUGCACGACCCUCGCGGCAUGCACUCAGAGGACUUGCACGCCUGGUCUAUUUACAGGCAAAACCUAAAUUCCGACUUUACGGAUAGCGCCCUCGGUAGCACGGACAAAAGUCCGCUACCAUAUGGAAAUUUUCAGCUUCGUGAUACCACUGUGCAGUCAAUAUUGUCCCACCCAAGAUAUGGACCAAAAUCAGCACUGGGUUCCAAUAUGUACACUUACCUCAAGUUCGGCCUACCGCGCGUAUUCCCACCAAAUCAUAACGGAUCGCAGCGUUCUGGAACGCCUAAGCCAAAAACAUCAAUUGGGAGUGGAAUGAAAUCUGUCCCCAGGAUCCAGAGACAAAGCAGAGGCGUGAGAGAAACGUCGUCCGGUUAUGACAGUUCAGACAACGAAACCUCAACCAACUAUAAAUACAAUCGGAAAUACCGCUCGGAUCCAGACUUCCGGUUACAGAAUAUGCAACAGUCUUAUCAGCAUGCCACUGGAGUGCCAUUAGUCGCGAUGCACCAGGCUGGUAUAAGAGAAUCGCAAUGGGGGACUUCGAAGCAUAAAUCAGUGAGUGAAGCGAACCUGCUAGGUAUUGAUGCGCGUACGCAUCGCUCUUAUACAAAUAGACGGAACAGCGUCGCUGAUUUUGUACCGGAUAAUGAUCAUCAGAGCUAUUUGAUGCCAGCCUCUCAUCUGGGCGGUCGUAUGUCCAAGGCCGGAAGCCAUAUGUCUGUAGCUCACUCCCGGAAGCAUUCCACGCUUAGACCUGGCGACCACCUGGAUGGCUAUACCCACUCCGCGUAUAUAUACCCUAAUUAUUAUGUAAACAGUUUAGAAAUAACGUCACCUGAAAACAAAUCAACCCUGCUUGUGUCAGGAUUGAGUUUUGAGGUGAAGUCUGGAGAGAUAUUGGCGGUUUUGGCGACUUCUCAGUGCGAGGCCACUGGGCUUUUGGACGUUUUGGCUGGCGCUAGGAAGAAACUAACGGGUGACAUAGUCUUAAAUGGUCAGCCGGUUGCGUCUUCAACCCUUCGCAAAGUGGCAGCAUAUGUCCGUAAGGACACGUCCCUAUGUCCGUCUAUGACCGUGGAACACACUCUACGGUUCCAUGCCACUUUACGCACGCCCAGGCAUAACAUGAACCAGGUCAAAAUGGAUGAUAGAGAUCGGAUAAACCUUCUGAUCGAAGAGCUAGGAUUGGAACAAGUAAGAGAUACAAACGUGUCACGUCUAACUCGUUCUGAAGUCCGUCGUCUGAAUGUCGCGUGUCAGCUCUUACUUGACAUGGCGAUAUUGAUUUUGGACCAACCCACCAAGGAAAUGGAUAUAUUCGAUACGUUCUUCCUCGUUGAGUAUUUGAGGAAUUGGGCUAGUACCGGUCGUGUCGUUAUUAUGUCAUUACACCCUCCUACGUAUGAGAUCUUCGCUAUGUUGACUAAGGUGGUGUUAAUAUCAGCUGGUCGCACGAUGUUCAGCGGGUACAGAAGAGACAUGUUGCCAUAUUUCGCUUCAAUAGAUUAUCCUUGUCCUGCCUUCAAAAACCCCUCGGACUACUACUUGGACCUCGUAACAUUAGACGACCUAUCGGCAGCCGCCAUGCUGGAGUCAUCAGGUCGGAUUGAGGCUUUGGCAGGAGUGUUUGCAGGCGCUCAUUCCGCCCCGGAACCACCAGCACCUGUUCCUCUGCCAGCACCGGUCUCUCGAGCCAAUAUUGCUGUCCAAGCAUUCGCUUUACUUGAAAAAACGAUGUUAUAUACGCAAAUGACAACGUUAUCUAAUGUCAUCACUCGAGUGCUCAUUGCCGCAGUCAUGUCACUCAUAAUUGGUACUAUCUUCUGGGAUCUGCCUUCUACAGAUCCAAAGCUCACCCAAAAUGACCGUGUAGGAUUCCACUACGCAACAAUGUGUAUAGCUGCGUGGCCAAUACUUCUAUGGAUGAGUGCUAGAGAAGCAAGUUCUAUACGACGCUAUGUCGAAAGAGAUAUUGCUGUUGGCCUGUACUCCAGGACCAUGUUUAUUUUAUUCGAUCAAUUUCUAGAGCUCUGGUCAGCGAUACUUACAUGGCUGGCGUAUUUGGUGCCAAGCUACGCGAUGUCAGGAUUGUAUGCGCAAGCACCGGGCUCAUUCGACGGGUUCUACGGUUAUUUAGGUUACAUGGUGCUAUAUCUAAUAAGCAUACAAAUGCUAUGUCGAGCGUCGGUCUUCGUAAUACCGAUGGAGAAGACAGCUUCCAUCAUCUCCGGUUUCUGCCUAUUGCUGAGUACCCUGGUCUGUGGAGUUACCCUGCAUGAGCAGGACCUGACGAUGUUCACAAAAUGGCUGGAGUACGUGUCACCAGCGAAAUGGGUGCUACCAGAAAUUCUAAGGAGGGAGCUGAGCGAAACUGCUUUGAGGAGUAGUAUCAGCAAGGAUCUUAGGUGUAAUAAUAAACAGAAGCAACGUCUUGACAUAGUAGUUUACUCUCCGCCUUGUCCACCCCCAAAUGGCACUCAAGUACUGGCAAACUAUGGUUAUUUGCGGACAAAUCGACUGUGGGAGGAGACUGAAGACAGUUUUCUUAUAUCAUUAGCAGUUUUCUAUGCCGUUUUCGCUCUAGUCGCUGUUAUUGCAUUUGUUUUUGAUUGCACUAAAUAUGCGAAGUCUAAAGAUAGGUCUUCGUUAAGAGGUCACAAAGUAACAGUAAACACACCUUGAAUAAUUUAAUAUUGUUCUGAAUAAAGGAUGUUAGGGAAAUUGCAGUUUUAAAUUCGGUAUGUCGGAAGUGGAAGAGAUGAUCGGUUUAAUAAAUUUCAUAAUUUAUCGGAUACAUUUUUGUUAUUAUAAAGAAUUUAGUAUACCGAAUGUUUAAAUUUAAAUAGAAUGUAAUUUAUGGAAUAUAAUUGCAUGAAACGACUCCAAAAUUUCGAUUGCUAUAAAUUUGUCAGAUGCCAAAUGAAAUGCAACUAACCUAUAAAAAUUUAAUUUAAAUAAUGCGCGCGCAAAAUUUGGUAUCCGAAAUUUUGGGAUCAAACCUUUGUUACAUAUGUAUUAGAUCAUUAUUAGAACUUAGCAGUUUUUCGUCGAAUUUUAAUUCCAAAUGGUUGUAAGAUGGUGCCCGUUGUUUCCGGUGCUUUUUGGUUCUAUGAAGUACUUACCUCUUCUUUAAUUUUAUUAUAUUUGUACCAGACGUAAGUCUACUUUAGAUAUUUUUAGUGUUUAAUCUCAAAACGUCUCAUUAUACUUAAGUAAGAAAGUUUGUGUAAAUGGGACAGGACAUUUUACCAAUGAAAUCAAAGGCCCAAAUGUGUUAAAUAUUAUUCUAAUUAAUUAUUUUUACGUCACUGACUUCAUAUCUUUAUUCUCCCUUUUUCUCAUCUUCCUUUAAGUUUAUACUACCCUCAUUAUGAGCAGUCGUAAAUAUAUGGAAAUCGACAUCUCAACUUUCAAACUAAUAAUAUUAAAAUUUCAAUACUUUUUUAAUUUUCGCAAUUCGCAAAUUGGUAUUACGUAGUUCGAUGGCUAUUAAAAGAUACAGAGUAGGCUUGCUGGUAUAACCUUUUAUUAUACUUUAGUAUAGUGAUUUUAGCGUGAUCUAUGUACAAAUAUUAGCAAAUGUGAAGGCUGAAAUUCGUCUUCCGUCCAUAUCUACUUAAAUUUUAAUUAAAUUAAGUGUAUAGAA